AUGUAUAAUGACCUUGAAAGAUUCAUAUACUUCACGGAAAGAGAUGGAUUUGAUAAAGAUCAAAAAUUUCAAAGCAGUUUAUAUCCAUCUUUUUUGGGAGGAUAUUCAUUACUUGAAUUAUGUUGUUACCAUGGAGCAGUUGAUUGUUUCAAGCUAUUAAGAUCGAAAUUCAACUCAGAAAUAACUCAAAAAUGUCUAGAAUUUUCAUUUUUAGGCCGAAAUCAAGAAAUCCUGAAUGAAUGUUUGAAAUAUCAAAAACCACAUAAUCAAUGUAUGAUAUUUGCAAUUAUUUCACACAACAUUGAUUUUGUUACAUUUUUGAUGUAUGAAUACAAUAUAAAUAUCUUUUUUUAUAUUUGUGCACUCUCUAAUAAUUUUGAAUCAUUUUUAGUUUAUUACGAUAAAACUAAUGAUAUUAACAAUUGCUUUAUUAAUUCAGCGAUGUUUAAUAUUCCAUCUUUUUGCGAAUAUUUCUUAUUACAAGGUGCAAAUAUCAAUGAAAAAGAUAAAUGUGGAAAUACCGCUCUUCAUAAAGCAGCGAGUAAUUAUAGUAAAGAAACAGCCGAACUACUUCUUUUACAUGGUGCAAAUAUCAAUGAAAAAAAUAGUUAUGGAAAAACAGCUCUUCAUCAAGCAGUACAUAAUAAUAGAAAAGAAAUAGCCGAACUUCUUAUUUCACAUGGCGCAAAUAUCAAUGAAAAAGAUAAUGAUGGAGAAACAGCUCUUCAUAAUGCUGCAUGUAAUAAUAGUAAAGAAACAGCCGAACUACUUCUUUCGCAUGGCGCAAAUAUCAAUGAAAAAAAUAAUGAUGGAAAAACAGCUCUUCAUCAAGCAGUACAUAAUAAUAGAAAAGAAAUAGCCGAACUUCUUAUUUCACAUGGCGCAAAUAUCAAUGAAAAAGAUAAUAAUGGAGAAACAGCUCUUCAUUUCGCAGCAUGCAAUAAUAGUAAAGAAACAAUCGAACUGCUUCUUUCGCAUGGUGCAAAUAUCAAUGAGAAAAAUGAAUAUGGAAGAACAGCUCUUCAUCGAGCAGCAUAUUUUAAUAAAAAAGAAAUAAGUGAACUUCUUAUUUCACAUGGCGCAAAUAUCAAUGAAAAAGAUAAAAAUGGAAGAACGGCUCUUUAUUUUGCCACACUCACUAAUAGUACAGAAACGGUCGAACUUCUUAUUUUACAUGGUGCAAUAAAAUAA